UCGAUCACGCGUUGUCGAUCAAAUUUUGUUCGCCAUGAGUCAAGCGCAAGUGGAAGCAGACAUUAAGUCAUGGACGGGAAGGCAGUACGAUAUGAUAAUAGAUAUUCCUCAACUUGUCAUUCUACCAGAAGAAGAACCCACAAUGCAAUGGCAUUGCUAUCUCAACCAACGUUUUAAACCCAUUCUUAUGAAUUACCUGCCACAGCUUGACUGUCGACAAAAGCAGAAACCCAAGGCAGCUGCAGUAGCAUCAAUCGUAGCGGAUCAAGUAGACAAACCUCAACAUCAAGUAGAAGAACAACAGCUCGAAGAAGAGACGAUGAAGGAGAUAAAACAUCACAUGGAUUCCCUGCUGCAAGAUCGAAACAGAGUAGUUAGUUUCAUUGGACAUUACGGCAAGGGAAAAACAUUCGUUAUGAAUCAAUUGGCGGGCACAUCUUUACCAUCCGGAUUCCGACCAAAGGAUGCCACGUUAGCUCUCAACUUUCUGCUGCCUCCCAAAACAGAGAAAAGUGUCUUACAUAAUCACGUCUUCAUAGACACAGCAGGCAUUGACGGACCAGCACUAGACGUCAGUGAUCCUAAACUGAAAGGGCAGAUGUUAGCAAGAGACAAGCUGAUCAAAGACGUUGUUGUAGCUCUUAGCACUGACAUAGUGCUGGUUACAACAGAACUAACAUGGUCUGAUCAAGAACUCAUCAAAUUCUUAAGUAAUGAGCUUGAAGUCUACAACAAGAGGGGUGCAGGAACAAAAUGUCUGUAUGUUGUUCAUAAUUUCAACAGUGUUUCCACUGAACGUGAUUUACUGGAAAAAUGGCAGGUACACGUUGUCAACACGCAUCCUAAUGAUACUGCCACAGUCAAACACAGAAGAGCACUGGAAGUUCACCCAAAACCCAAGACCCAAGACAGGAACAAGACGUUCACUCCUUGUAUUUCUCAUAAGGAUGGGCCAAAACAUUUCCUCAUUGGCAAUGCUGAAUCACAAGCAGGACAGGCAUUCAAUGUACAAACCCUAAAUGUGUUGCAAGACCUACUCAACAAAGGUGGUACCGAGGGUGUUCCAAAAUUGACAAUGGACAAUUUGAUUGAUACACUAUUCGAGUGUCUCAAGAAGUACCUGCUAAAUCCUACAGCAAUGAAAUUGCAGUUUGAUGCAACUCCAGCAAAGGUAGCACAACUCGUCAACCCCAAAAUAUCUCACAAGGAACAACCAUCCUAUGCAAAUUUAUCAACAGAUGCAUCUGUUUGGGAACAGAAGCUCAAAGUUCAAGACUCACAACUGUCUGCUUACCUCAACCUCUUCAAACUAGUAGUUAAAGGAGAGAAACUAGAUCUUGCCCCACAAUUAUCAGCAAUCAGCCAUGAAGACUACAAAGAGCCACAACACAUGGUUCAAUUUGUCCCACAGCAUGACAUAAUAGAAAAAGAUGACGGACUACAUAUCAUAAUUGAGCUUCCAGAGUAUGAUGCUGAUGAUAAUUCAUCCGGCAAAAUUGAGGCUAUUUGCCUUCAUGAAAGAGAUCAAGGCAUCCUGUCAAUAACAGGAAUACGUCCACAUCUGCAAUAUUGUUCCAAUCCAUUUGAUGAGCAGAGUGAGCUUGAACUGAAAAACUAUGAAGAUCUGAAUGCAGACACUGCUCAUUCACGAAGAGAGAGAAGAACGGGUAACUUCACACUAAAAGUAUCAUAUAACUCAGCUGACUAUCUCGUCAAUAAAAAACCAGUAAUCAACAUAGCAGGGCCAGGCUGUGUGCAAGUCAGUGUUAUGAAGAAGCCUCAAGACUGACAGAAAUACACACACAACAACAAAAUUGAACUACUUCUAAUAGUCAAUGUUGUGUUUGAAUCCAAUAAGAACUCUACAACUUCAGUAUGGAUUUGAGUGCUUGUAGUAGUGAGAGUAUUUCUAAACGGAAUGUAGCUCAAAUUAUACCAUUUAUACGUCUGCCAGCUCA